AUGUCUUCCGAAAACCACGAACCUAUCACUAAUGGGAUCAACGGCGGCAGUCCUCGCAAGCUCGAGGUGAUCAUUGUCGGAGGAGGAAUCGGAGGUCUUACAGCUGCAAUUUCUUUGAGGCGGCAGGGGCAUCAUGUCGAAGUCUAUGAGCAGUCACGCUUAGCUAACGAGAUUGGAGCGGCGAUACACAUCGUUGUCAACUCUAACGGAGUGCUGAAGCAAUUGGGGAUCAACGUAGAGGACAGUGGAGCCGUUCCAUGCGAACAAAUGGCAAAAUGUAAGGGUGGAAACCUCAAAAGGCUCAUAGACUUCAAGGCAGGGACUGACUUCAGACAGCCAUGGAUGAUGGCACACCGCGCGCAUCUGCACACACAGCUGAGAAAAGCAGCAACUUCAGCUGAAUUGCCUGGACGACCUGUGAAGCUCAAUACGUCUUCCCAAGUGCUUCGUGUAGAUCCGGAAAGUGCAACCAUACAUCUUGCAAACGGCUCUUCAUACUCUGGUGACGUUAUCAUUGGAGCUGAUGGUGUCCACUCCAAGGCGAGAAAAGCAAUUAUGGAAAAUGCUCCAGUGCCAGUUAAGGGAUCCCACAACUGUUUUCGCUUUAUUCUUGAGCGACAGCUCAUUCUUGACGACCCUGAGACGAAACCACUCACCGAAGAUUAUAAUUCCAUGGAUAUGUGGUACCUGGGGGAUCGAAAGAUUGUCAUGUACUCGACAUCGAACAACAAGUUGUUGAAUUUUGUCUGCAUACACCCGGAGCACCUGACAAGUGUGUCAGAUGACUACACAAAGUCAGCGUCCAAACCGCAAAUGCUAGAAAUAUUCAAGGACUUUCAUCCGAGCAUUGUAAAGAUGUUGAGCAAGGUUGAACCUGCCGAUCUGAAGAUAUAUCCACUGUACCACAUGGACAUUCUUCCAACGUUCAUAUCUGGGCGAAUGGCCUUACUUGGUGACGCAGCCCAUCCGUUCACGCCACAUUUGGCUCAAGGUGGAGCAAUGGCAAUUGAAGACGGCGCUUCCUUGGGUGUCAUGCUUGGAGAUGGCGUCUCGCCAGAGAACGUCCCGGAGCGAUUGAAGCUGUACAACAAGGCACGGUACGAACGAGCGACGAGAAUUCAACAGUAUAGCGUGGAAGUAGGUGGCGAUGGGACUGCAUCCAACCCUGGCGAGAACCACAGAUUCAAAUUGAACGAAUAUAUGGAGUAUGGCUUUAGCCACGACGAAAUCCAUGCUUCAACAGAAUUGCUUCGCCAACAUCAAUGGCGGCAAAAAGACAGUGCUCAAGGCUGGAGACAGCCUCUUAGUUUCGGAUUGCUGCCAGGGCCGAGACAAGAUGCUUUUGGGCACUCCCACAGUCAGUCUCUGCGUGAGUCCACAACCACGAAAACAUCUGUAAAGUUCAAAACCAGUUCAACCAUCCUCCGCAACCUGUUCCCGAAUGAUCGGUAUUCAUUUGAGAAGCGUGAUACUGUUGCAGUGGCAUCCUUUUCGGUACAAUCGCUCGAGAAGAUGGCUUGGCUCGGUGGAGGUGGAUAUGAUCUAUUGGCUUUGUACAUCCACGAUGUCUGUUAUCGACAGAAUGACGGCCAGAUUGUCAAAGGAACAUUCUGUCCAGUCAUGUUUGAAAAUCUGGCCGAUCCCAUUCUCUCCGGGCGCGAAGAGCUAGGCGUGCCGAAACUCUUCUCGGAUAUUGACAUCUCGAGAGAUGACACCUCAUGCAGUGUUACCAUUUCCUGGAGAGGUGCAAAAUGGGCAGAGUUCAAGUGGAAGGAUCUCAAGGAAGAUACCUCGGCUUUGGACCAAGCUGAAGAUCCAAUAGGAGGGCUUCUGGUACACAAAUAUAUCCCUGCAACUGGGCGGAAAGACCGACAGGACGCUGAUGCGAACUAUGCUGUCUUUAUACCGGAGGAAAAGGGCAUGUCCACGGUCACAUCCAAGUCCGUCGCCAACAAGAACGACGUUCAUGUCAAGAUCAGCGAUCUAGGUUGGAAAGCGUUGCCAACUUUGCAUCCUGUGGUGAGUCGGCUUGCAGAGAUCCCCAUUUUUGAGUACCUGGAGGCCUCGGUUACCAAGUAUCAAGGUGUAUCUGAUCUGGCUGGAGCGAGACGGAUCGAUUAG